AUGGACCGUGAUCGGGACCGCGGUGGCAAUUGGCACCAUGAGCGGGGUGGAGGGGACCGGGGUGGAGGCACUCGCCCCAACGACCGGGGUGGAGGCACUCGCCCCAACGACCACGGUGGAGGCGCUCGCCCCAACGAAGCUCACAUGGGUCCGUUGCGGCUCCCGGGCGGUCAAGGUACCCUGACCGCCCGGGACCGAGAUGAUAUUUGGGAGAGGUACUGGGUGUCAGCAAGCGUGAGAUGGCGCGCCCAAUGGGCGGAACGGUGUUUGAGCCUAUCUGGCGAUGCCGGGUCUUUGAAUGCUGCAAAAGACAUGGCAAUGGAGAGGAUUGCGCAGCAUGGAACGGAAGGAGGCCGCGCUUCUGAGCCGACUGCAGGUCCCGAGCUGCAGGCCUUGCAAACCCAGGUCCAUCAAUUGGACCAAUAUGUCAGGAACCACCAUAGCUUGCUGCAGUACCUCACCCAGCAAGCGACUCGGGCUGAGCAGACGGCUGGCCAAGCUGUUGCAGCAGCACAGGCCUAUCGCCAAGCGGGCCAGGAUUCUCUGGAACGCAUCAGCCAGAGAAAUACGGAGGCCCACGAAGAAUUUGAGGCUGGCAUUGAAGAAAGGGUGCAGCAGAUAGUGCGACAAGUGCUGGAAGAUAGGAAGAAAAAAAGAGGAAAAAACGACGCACCAAGCGAAGCGAAUCCGCAGAGGAUGAAAAAGAAGCAGAGCGAGAGAAACAAGAUGAGCAAAAGCAAGAUGGAGAAGGAUGAUUUGGUGGCCGCUGUUGGUGAAACGGCGGGCUUUCCAGAGGCAAACGCAGCGGAACAAAAGAUGGCACAACAAGGAGAAGAAGAAGAAGAGACGUCAGAGCAAUCUCUCGAGGUCUUUGCAGCCCCGGCUCAUGACUACAAGAUGGAACCCAUCGAAGAGCCAGAGACUCCCUGCCUCACUGUGGAUGACAUGACUGAAACAAUGCGCCUAUCAGCGAAUGCGAAGGAGCUGCCAAAUGAUGAUGAUGCAAAAGAAGAACAGCCAGGGCAAUCGUCUGUGCCAAAGAUCACUGAAGCCAUUGAGGAAGCAAUUGAACCCAACUUUGACAACAGCGGAACUGGCAGCACAGGCGCCAAGUCUGAGAAGCCUGCUGAGAUAGUGGAGUUUUCUACAGAGAAGCUGAACAGAAGGUCCUGGAGAAAGAUGACUCCGUUCUUAAAUGUCUCGGACUUGGCGGACUUGCAGGUCUCCGAGGACGGCUCUGAGGCCUCCGAGGCGUCGAACAGCGGGAGCAAUGCGACCUCCCCGGAGUUCCAAGGACGGACCUCAAGAGGCUCUCACAAUUCCAAUGAUACCGAGGGAAUGGAAUGUUUGAGUUCAGGAGCCAACAGCAUGAACAGCCAGAAUCAGAAGCCUGUGUUGCUACAGGUCAUCACUGACAUGCCGGACGCGGAGAGCACCCCCCUCGGCUGCAUGGGACGGUCCCGCCGGGCGCCCCGACAGUGGGUGAUGUAA